UCUUUCUGCUGUCGUUUCUAGUCUAGUACAGAUCUGCUGUGACCGAUACUAUAGGACUCUCGAAGGUCUUGACUCGUUAAUUGCAAAAGAGUGGAUUGGAUUGGGUCAUCCAUUUGCUGAACGUCUGCUUGGAAUUCCCAAUGGAAACAAUGAUGCUGUGAUCGCUCCUACAUUUCUAUUAUUUCUUGACUGUCUUGCACAGCUAAUUCGACUCUAUCCCAUGCAGUUUUCAUAUACUCAACAUGCACUCAUUGCUUUGUGGGAUUUAUCGCUAGCAGGAAUUGUGCCAGCGUUUUGUGCAUCAUCUGUAGGAGAUCAGCUUUCUUCAAAUAGAUGUGGUGGUCCAUUCCCACUUGAGCGGUUCUUCCAUGAGUCAUACACUCGGCUAUUCAGUAAUGUCACCAAUACGGCUGCUCUAAGCUAUUGUGUUUCAUCCUCAUUUGAGGGAACACCGUUAAUCUAUGAUGUAAUACGUCCUCCAAGGACACUUGCCGAUAUUAUGUUAUGGAACGAAUGUUACUUGAGAUGGAUACCAUCAGCAAACGUGACAGUUAGUUGGGGACCAUUGUUAUUCAUGGAGGGAAGGUCCCGUCACGAAAUGUCGAUAGCGUUUACUUUACCGUACACUGCUCUGUUUCCUGCCAGGUUACCUCAUCCGAGAUCUUAUCACUUUGCUUUGCCGUUUUUCUUGUCCAGUGUCCACGUUAAAGGGAGGUCAGAAUUAUCAUCUGCUACUCAUAUACCUGUGCAACUGAUGAGGGUGAAUUAG